CUUGACCCUACUCACCACGGCCCUCCUCAACGCUCCCCGCAACCCCCUGCCUACGAGUCAAAACGACGUGUGGACCACACAUCCAAAUCCGGCCAUCUGUUCUGCGACCAAGACGCACCUAUCGUGGCCUAGCAUGGCGGAACCGAAGAAGAAGCUCGACCUGGUGGCUCGCGGGUCCUACGGCUCCAACCUGCUGGGCAACACGCUGAUGAUUGGGCUGCGGGCGCUCGACCCUCUGCUGCAGCGACACCUCCUGCUGCACUCGCCGCUGCCCCAGCUGGCGGCGAAGCUGGGCCUGCCUGCGCCCCGCGCCCCCGUGCCAGGCGGCGCCGUCGUCUCCGCGACGGGGCUGACGCCGUAUCAGACGGUGAUCUGGGCCAUGGCCGUCGGGUCGGCGGCGAAGCACAUCUUCUGGAAGGCCGUCACGGCGCGGGAGCCCGUGUCGCCGGGCGCGGCGGUGGCCAUCAGCGCCUUCAACACCGUCUUCAACACCCUGAACACGCUCCUGUACGACGCCUCCGCCGAGAACCCGACCUACCUCCCGCCCUGGAGCGUGUACGUCGGCGCGGCGCUGUUCGCCGGCGGCGUGCUGAGCGAGACCGUCGCCGAAGUCCAGCGGCACCGUUUCAAAUCGGACCCCAAGAACGAAGGGAAGGUCUACACGGGCGGCCUGUUCUCGAUCGUCCGCCACGUCUCGUACAUGGGCUAUUCGAUGUGGCGCGCGGGAUACGCGCUGGCCUCGGGAGGCCCGGUCUGGGGUGUCUUGGUCGGAGGCUGGUUCCUUUGGGACUUUGCGACGCGGGCGAUCCCCGUGCUGGACGAGUACAUGGCAAACAAGUACGGCGAGCAAUGGGCCAAGGUCAAGAGGGAGGUCCCCUAUGCUCUGAUCCCAGGGAUCUGGUGAGUUUUUCGAUCACAAAAGCAAGGUUUCUUGUAUGUACCAUUAUCAUUAUCAUGCCAUCUCAGUAACAAGUGUACGGAGUAAAUGGGGGGGCUUUUCGUGUAUCACAUCGAAGUCAAAUUCUUUCCAAACAAUGUCAUCAAAAUG